UGUGGCUCGGUGCGGCCUCACUCCGCGAGGUCCCGCCGCCGGGGCUGCCUCCGGCUGUAGCCGCCAGCAGAUCCCGUGUCCGCCCGCGCUGCACGUAAGGGACAAGCUCCUUCCCGCCUUCUCUCGUGUCAGGGAAGAAGCGAGCGUUCAGGCUCUCUGCCUUGGUGUAACCUCUAAAAGCACCUUCACUUCAGGCUAUGAUGGGAUUGUUUUGGUUGUUGCUGCUUUACAUCCACAUGCUGUCACCUGCAUUUGCUGGAGGUGUCACCAGAGUCUAUUACCUGGGGAUCCACGAGGUGGACUGGAACUAUGCUCCAACAGGGAAGAAUGUACUUGCUAACCAAAGCAUCACACAUAACCCCAAGGCCUCAAAAUUCCUCCAGCCUGGAAAAGACAGGGUGGGAAGCACGUACAAGAAAGCUGUCUAUAAGCAGCACACAGACGCCACAUAUACCACUGAGAUUCCUAAACCUGACUGGCUGGGGUUCCUUGGGCCCAUCAUCCGAGCAGAAGUGGGCGAUACCAUUAAAGUACACCUAAGAAACUUUGCUAGUCGACCAUAUACAAUCCAUCCUCACGGAGUUUUCUACGAAAAGGACUCUGAAGGAUCCCUGUAUCCCGAUAUGUCCCCCCAGGAUCAGAAGAAGGAUGAUGCUGUUUUCCCAGGAGGGAAUUACACCUAUACUUGGACUGUCCCUGAAGAUCACAGCCCAACUGUUGAUGACCCAAACUGCUUGACAUGGAUCUACCACUCCCAUAUUGAUGCACCAAAGGACAUUGCAUCUGGAUUAAUUGGGCCAUUACUUACAUGCAAAAAAGGAAUGCUGACUGGCAGUUCUCAAAGACGUCAGGAUGUAGACAUUGAUUUCUUUCUGAUGUUCAGUGUGGUGGAUGAGAACCUAAGCUGGUAUCUGGAUGAAAACAUAGCAUUGUUCUGCACAGAUCCAGCCUUGGUAGACAAAGAUGAUGAGGAAUUUCAAGAAAGCAACAAAAUGCAUGCUAUUAAUGGUUAUGUGUUUGGAAACCUCCCUGAGCUGACGAUGUGUGCUGGAGAUUAUAUUUCAUGGCAUCUCUUUGGGAUGGGCAAUGAAAUUGAUGUUCAUACAGCCUACUUCCAUGGAGAAAUGCUCAAUAUUCGAGGCCAUAGGACAGAUGUGGCCAGCCUCUUCCCAGCCACUUUUGUUACAGCAGACAUGAUCCCCAGUAACCCUGGGAGAUGGCUACUCAGCUGUCAGGUCAAUGAUCACAUAGAAGCUGGGAUGGGAGCACUGUAUGAAGUCCGGCCCUGUUCUCGGCAAUCUCCAGCGUCCAUCCUGGAGGGGAAAGUUCGGAAAUACUACAUAGCUGCAAAGGAGGUGCAGUGGGACUAUGGCCCUUCAGGACUCGACCAAAGCAGUGGAAAACGGCUGAGUGAGGAAGGCAGCCCUGCUGAGCAGUUUUUCAAGCGUGGCCCUUACAGAAUUGGAGGAGUCUACUGGAAGGCAAAGUAUGUGGAAUAUACUGAUGAGAGCUUCCGUGAGGAAAAGCAGCAGUCAGAAGAAGAGAAACACCUUGGGAUACUUGGUCCAGUGAUCAAAGCUGAAGUUGGAGACACCAUCCUGGUGACGUUUGUUAACAAAGCCUCCUGGCCAUUCAGCAUCCAGCCUCAUGGAGUGUCCUAUGGGAAGGCAUGGGAAGGGAUGCGUUACCAUGAUGGUCUGUUUGAGAAUGGGGUUUCUGUUGCACCACUGCACAACUUUACGUACCGCUGGACUGUGCCAAAGCAUGUUGGGCCCACGGCCAGUGACCCUCCAUGCCUGACCUGGAUGUACAGCUCGGCUGUGAAUCCCAUCAAAGACCCCAGUUCGGGCUUAGUAGGGCCUCUGAUUAUCUGCAAGCCAGGCACUUUGGAUGAGAACAGCAAACAGAAAGGGAUCGACAAAGAAUUUUACCUUCUCUUCAGUGUGUUUGACGAGAACCUCAGCUGGUAUUUAAAUGCAAACAUAAAGUACUAUUUGAGGAUGGAAGAGGCUUCGGUGCAAGAGGAUGAUGACUUCAAGGAGUCAAACAGGAUGCAUGCCAUCAAUGGAAUUAUGUUUGGUAACUUGCCUGGGCUAAAUGUGUGUGAAGGAGACAAUGUGACCUGGCACCUUCUGGGCUUGGGCAGUGAAGCAGAUGUUCAUGGAGCUGUGUUUCAGGGAAACACUCUGCAGAUGAAUGGGAUGCGGAGAGAUUCAACCAAUCUGUUCCCCCACACAUUUGCUACUGCUUUCAUGCAACCUGAUAACAAUGGGAUCUUUGAGAUCUACUGCCAGACGAGCAAUCACUACCAGGCUGGAAUGAGGGAACGCUACUCCGUUUCCAAGUGUGGAAAAAGAGAUCCUGCUCCUGCCCAUCAGUACAGGGCUGUGCGGAUUUAUUACAUCAUGGCAGAGGAGGUGGUGUGGGACUAUGCACCUGACCGGAGCUGGGAGAGGGAACGACACAACCAUUCUGCAGAGAGCUAUGCCGAUGUAUUUUUGAGCAACGAGAAUGGACUACUUGGCUCCAAGUACAAGAAGGCAGUUUACAGGGAGUACACCGAUGGAACUUUCCAGACUCCCAAGGCCAGGAUAAAUGGUGACGAGCACCUGGGAAUACUAGGGCCUUUUCUGUGGGCAGAAGUGGGAGAUGUUCUCAACAUUGUGUUCAAGAACAAUGCCACACGACCCUACUCCAUUCAUGCACAUGGGGUUCUGGAAAGAGAGAUGGGACAGCCACAAGUGGCAAACCCUGGUGACAUUGUGACAUACCGAUGGGAAGUUCCUGAGAGAUCUGGUCCGGGGCCAAGUGAUUCAGCUUGUGUUCCUUGGAUCUACUAUUCCAUGGUGGACCCAGUAAAGGAUAUGUACAGUGGUCUGAUUGGACCCCUGAAGAUCUGCCGGAGAGGGGCACUGCAAUCUGAUGGGAUCAGGAAGGAUGUAAAGAGGGAGUUUGCUCUACUGUUCCUGGUUUUUGAUGAAAAUCAGUCCUGGUACUUGGAGGAGAAUGUGGAACAUUACAGUAAGGGAAAUCACAAGGAGAUCAACCUGCUGGAUGACAAAUUUGUGGAAAGCAACAAAAUGCAUGCAAUCAAUGGGAGGCUCUAUGCAAACUUGCCUGGGCUGACAAUGUUCCAGGGAGAGUUGGUGAACUGGUACUUGCUGGGAAUGGGUCAGGAGAUUGAUGUCCACACAGUCCAUUUUCAUGCCGAGACCUUCACAUACAAGAAUGGCAAAAGCUACAGAGCAGAUGUUGUAGAUCUGUUCCCUGGAACCUUUGAAAUGGUGGAGAUGUUGGUUGGGAACCCUGGGACAUGGCUGCUCCACUGUCAUGUGUCUGAUCACAUUCAUGCUGGGAUGGAGAUACUCUUCACAGUCUUGCCUAGAUCAGAGCCAGAGCUUGAAGCUGUAAACUACAGUGCAGAGCUGCCACUUGAGGAUGAGUCCCAGAAGAUAACACUUUUUGGAUCUAAGUUGGCUCAAGGGCAGAUAGAGGCCACAGUCAUCACUCUAGCCAUUGUAGGAAUGGUGCUUUUCGUGCUUGCCUGCUUCCUCCUUGGAGUGGUCAUCUAUCUGGAGAGACAAAAGAAGUUAAGACGCAAUCGGAGGUCCAUCCUGGAUGAUGGAUUCAAACUCAUGUCUAAAAAGAAUUCAGGGCUGUAACAGCUGUAUAAACUUUGGGUUCUGUGCUUGGAGCAGAGGCUGGACCAUUGUCCGCAGCAAAGAUUUUAGGUCAUCAUUUUGAUUGUACGCUGCUCUUCUAAAAGCUGAGGAAGGAAAGCUGAAGCCCUGACCUCUUCAUGUGUUCUCAGCACUCUAAAGAAAAAGUCCGUCCAGGAGAGAUAUGGGAACCCUUUGAACUGACAAGAAGACAAGUAACGAGUAAAAUCUAAAAUACUGCUUUUCCUCAAGAAAGAGAGGAGACAGUCCCCUAUUCUGUUCUCUCCAGAGCAACUUGCUUUGGUCUUUCUCAACAGACUAGCUUAGGCCAAAUUCCAGUCCUGCUCUGUUGCCAGAGCUGAGCUGGGAAUUGUCUCCUGAGAAAAUGUGAGCCUUUGAAGUGAUUAAUCUGAAGGAGGAAGGUGAUUUUUUUUCCUUUUUUUUUUUUUUGUGAAUA